AUGGCCCGCUCUUUGCGCUGCACCUCGGCCCCCACUACACCGUGGUUGAACGACCACCGUCACGCCCGCGAGGUGCUCCUCCAGAGGGGGCGGGACUUCGCCGGACGCCCCAGCAUGGUGACCACCGACCUGCUGACCCGCGGGGGGCGGGACAUCGCCUUCUCGGACUACUCGCCGCUCUGGAAGCUCCACCGACGCCUCGUCCACGAGUCCUUCACGCUGUUUGGCGAGGGGACGUCCCGCCUGCAGGACAUCGUUUUGUCCGAGGUGGACGGCCUCUGUGCUGAGCUCCUGUCCAAUGAGGGGCGGGGCUUCGACCCAAGUCCCGCCAUCACCCGGGCAGUCACGAACGUGGUGUGCAAGCUGGUGUUCAGCGCCACCUAUCGCCACGGCGACACCGAGCUGCAGGAGGUGAUCCGCUACAACGACGGCAUCGUUCAGACCAUUGCCAGAGGAGGCCUGGUGGACAUCUUCCCAUGGAUGAAGGUUCUACCCAACAAGUCCCUGAGGAAACUGAAGGACUGUAUCGCUGUCAGAGAUCGGCUGCUGACUCGCAAACUGGAGGAGCACAAGGCGUCUCUGAGUGAUGGCGACCCCCGUGACCUCCUGGAAGCCUUACUCAAAGGCCAGGCGGGCAGCACGGGGGGUCAGAGGUCAUCAGAGGCUGGGGGAAUAACAGACGACCACGUCCUGAUGACAGCGGCGGAGGCAUUCGGAGCCGGAGUGGAGACCACGUCCACCACGCUGCUUUGGAUCCUGGCCUACCUGCUGCACCACCCCGAGGUGCAGGAGCGUGUGCAGAUGGAGCUGGAUGAGCAGGUGGGCACUGAGCGGGCGGUGGGCGUGUCGGACCGUGGCCGGCUGCCAUACCUAGACAGCGUGAUCAACGAGGGCAUGAGGAUCCGGCCGGUCAGCCCAGUCCUGAUCCCCCACACCGCCUUGACGGACAGCAGUAUCGGAGGACACGCCAUCCGCCGUGGGACUCGAGUCCUGGUCAACAUGUGGUCCAUCCACCACGACCCGCGAAAUUGGGACAAACCGGACCUGUUUAACCCAGAUCGUUUCCUUGGUGACCGGGGUCAGCGUGUGGCGCCCUCCUGCUUCAUGCCGUUUGGGGCGGGGCCUCGGGUGUGCGUGGGCGAAUCGCUCGCCCGGCUGGAGCUCCUCCUCUUCCUGUCCUCUCUGCUCCAGCGAAUGAGCUUCCGGCGCCCAGACGGGGCUCCCCUGCCCAACCUGCAGGGGCGGCUGGGCGUGGUCCUGCAGCCGCUACCUUAUAAGGUCACAGUUACUCCGAGGGCGGGGUGGGAGGGCGUGGCCAAAUGA